CGCAAAAUUCACCUGCAUCUUUUCGAUAGAAAUUUUUAACACUCUUUUGCUCUGUUAUUGGAGUGCAAAACCCCCCAUUCUCUCUCUACAUUUUGCAUACCUGUGCGAGCACUUUUCGUAUCUUGAUCGCAGCAUUCGAGUGCGCAUUGCUCGGUUGAUCUUGAUCGAUACGGUUUACCAGCUGCCGAACUCAUUGUAGAAAAUGCCGCUCAGACUAGAAAUCAAGAGGAAACUUGCACAAAGAUCAGAAAGAGUAAAGUCUGUGGAUCUACAUCCAACAGAGCCAUGGAUAUUGGCGAGCCUGUAUUCUGGGACUCUUUGCAUCUGGGAUUAUCAGACCCAGACAAUGGUUAAAUCUUUUGAGGUUACUGAACAACCAGUUAGAUCUGCUAAGUUUAUAGCACGAAAACAGUGGGUGGUUGCUGGCUCUGAUGACAUGCACAUACAUGUCUACAAUUACAAUACGAUGGAUAAGGUUAAAGUAUUUGAGGCCCACACAGACUAUAUCAGGUGUGUGGCAGUUCAUCCCACUCUCCCUUAUGUGUUGUCAUCCUCAGAUGAUAUGCUCAUAAAACUCUGGGACUGGGAAAGGGGGUGGUUAUGCACUCAAAUAUUUGAGGGUCACUCCCACUACGUGAUGCAAGUGACUUUUAAUCCUAAAGAUACCAAUACUUUUGCCAGUGCAUCUCUUGAUCGCACCAUUAAGAUUUGGAACCUUGGCUCCCCUGAUCCAAAUUUUACUCUUGAUGCUCACCUGAAAGGAGUCAACUGUGUUGAUUAUUUUACGGGUGGUGAUAAACCUUAUUUAAUCACUGGCUCUGAUGAUCACACUGCUAAGGUUUGGGAUUAUCAGACAAAGAGCUGUGUCCAGACACUAGAAGGACACACACAUAAUGUUUCUGCAGUUUGUUUCCACCCUGAACUCCCCAUUAUAAUAACAGGUUCUGAGGAUGGUGCAGUUCGCAUAUGGCAUUCCACCACAUAUAGACUUGAAAACACAUUGAAUUACGGUUUUGAAAGAGUUUGGGCAGUUAGUUACAUGAGAGGAUCAAGACGGGUUGUAAUUGGCUAUGAUGAAGGAACCAUAAUGGUAAAGCUUGGUCGAGAAGUACCUGUUGCAAGCAUGGACAAUAGUGGGAAAAUUAUAUGGUCUAAGCAUAAUGAGAUCCAGACAGUCAACAUUAAGAGCAUUGGGGCCGAUUAUGAUGUUGCUGAUGGAGAGAGAUUGCCUUUAGCUGUGAAGGAAUUGGGAACCUGUGACCUUUAUCCACAGAGUUUGAAACACAACCCUAAUGGUAGGUUUGUUGUUGUAUGCGGGGAUGGUGAGUACAUCAUGACUUCUUCGAUAUUAUGGGUUUCAUCUGUUGGUCAAGAAUGCUGUACUACUAUUCCUUAUUCUAUGGAUCGGACUAGUGAGAAUCUGAAUAUAUUUCCUAGAACUAUGAAUCAUCUACUUCAUGUUUUAAUAUUAUUUAAUUUUGUCAACAGUGUGGCCCAUUUCUUGGAAUCACGAGGGAUGAUAGAAGAUGCCCUUGAAGUUGCUACGGAUGCGGACUACAGAUUUGAGUUAGCCAUACAACUUGGCAAGCUCGAGAUUGCAAAGGAAAUAGCAACUGAAGCACAGAGUGAGUCUAAAUGGAAACAAUUGGGUGAAUUGGCCAUGUCUACUGGAAAGUUGGGGAUGGCAGAAGAGUGUUUGAAGCAAGCUAAUGACCUUAGUGGUUUAUUGCUACUCUAUUCAUCUUUAGGCAAUGCUGAGGGAAUUUGUGAACUUGUCUCUCUUGCAAAAGAAAAUGGUAAAAACAAUGUUGCAUUUCUCUGUCUGUUUAUGUUGGGUAAAUUGGAGGAUUGCCUACAACUGUUGAUAGAGAGCAAUCGGAUACCUGAAGCUGCAUUGAUGGCUCGGUCUUACCUUCCAAGUAAGGUGUCAGAAAUUGUUGCUCUUUGGAGAAAGGACCUCAACAAGAUUAACCAGAAAGCUGCAGAAUCAUUUGCUGAUCCUGAAGAAUACCCAAAUAUGUUUGAGGAUUGGCAAGUCGCACUUGCUGUUGAAGCUAAAGCUGCCGAGACAAGGGGCAAGUUUCCUCCAGCAGCAGAAUACAUGCAACAUGCCGAUAGAUCUAUAGCAAGUCUUGUAGAAAUUUUCAGAAACAUGCAAAUAGAAGAUGAGCACCUAGAAAAUGGAGGUUUGGAUUAUGAGGAUGGAGAACCAAAUGGUGAUUCGUUACAAGAGCCGGAUGACACCCAACUAGAGGGACAUGAUGGGAGUCAAGAAGAGGCUGGUGUGGUUGAUGCUGACAGUACAGACAGUGCGGUACUUGUGAACGGAAAUGAGGUGGAGGAAGAUGGGGGUUCGAGUAAUGAAGAAAACCCUCUGCCUAACUAAGAGCCAUUGGUUGGACUGAUGUGAAAUACGUAGUUUUGUUUCUGGCGGAUUAUUGGCAUUCUUUUAGCUCCUUGCUUUAUUGUAAUUUUGCAUUCUAUUCCAUCUGUGCUUUGCUGCAUCUACUUCAUCCACCUCUAGAAAUUGAGUUCAGCUAAAUUAGUAGGACCUAUUGAGCUCUAGGAAAAAUUUUGACAUGUAAUUAGAUGGUGACAAAAUUAUUUUCCUGAUGAUAUAUAUAAGUUUAAUUGUAUCA